AUGAUGCCAUUUUGUACGCUAAACAGUCCAAGAAAAGGUGGUGAAGAGAAGACACGUAAGGUGUAUGAACGGAAACCAAUAGACAAAUGUCGUUCACUGGUUUUCUCGGGUUGUAAAACGUACUGCAGGAAGACUACCGGUUUGAUAGUCAGAGUUUUUCACAAAAUUUCUGGAGAAAAGGUUGACUUGAACGAUUAUGUGAUGAAAGCUGCGGAAUCGAAUACAGUGGUCCACCCACGGCUUGUCAAGAAAGGAGGUAAUAUCGAUGACGCACCUCAUGUUCCGACAAAGAUGAAAUUACGUACAGUCUUGGAUGAGGCGAUGAAAACUCGGGAAGACACCGAAGAGCGGGAUGACAAGAAUGCUUUUAAAAUCAAGUGGGGAGAUGCGAAAUGUGUGGUUUAUGAGACCAGAGAUCAGCUAACACUCGAAGACGAAGCAGAAGAGGCUGUUGAUCUGAUAUGA